UAAAUCAUUAUUCGCUCGAUUCUCAAGCCAAGUGUUAGAACAUGUUAAGUAAUGUGAAUUGUUAUGUAGAUUUGAUUUCCGAAAUUUGGUUCUUGUCAAGAAGUUUUUGGAUAAGUAUUUUGUGGUUUUAUACGUCUGCAAUGUGUUUUUUAGUAAGUGUAAGGGAAAGUAAGUUUUAAUACAUACAUAUUUUGUAUGUGUGUGUGAGAAAGAAGUAGGGAGUACAAAUUGAGUAGAACCGCGAUGACCGAGAGAAACCAGAAGGUUUAUUCCUGCAAACGAUAGUUCUUCAGCGGCACUCGCGGGUGUUGCGACUAGUGUCCUAGUGAAUACCUUGUGGAUACCUUGCUCAUGUAAUGUCUCAGUAAGGAAAUUGAAAAGAAAGGAAGAUUAAAUAAGCAAAGGAUCCAAGAUGAAAAUCGCAGUAUUGUUGAGCGUUCUCUCCGUAGCGUUGGCCCAGGAUUGGAAUCCGAUAUUGCCGCACGAGUCGUACGAAAAGAACCAUUUCCCGUUAUCGCAUUCAUUUUCCAGUCUAGUUUCGCAACAAUAUGAACCGUCUCAUUCUCAAGCCCCAAUUGGCGGAGGCCAAUGCGAUCUCUACAAAGUCGGCUUCUCGCAGGACCUCUACUUCCAAUACAUUCAAUACAAAUUCAAUAUGCCCGAACUGAAGGAGUUCACCCUUUGUUAUUGGAAUAAAUUCACGAACCACAGCAAUGACCAUCCAAUUUUCUCCUAUGCAGUUGAUGGUCAGCCGAGGGCUAUUUACUCGUGGAUAUCGAACACCGACCGCUCGAGUUAUUUCAGUAUGUCUGUAGAGGGACAGACCAUGUAUCGUCUGAAUUACCCAUUGAGAUUGAAUAGAUGGUACCACACAUGCCAGAGCUGGAACGGCAAGACCGGAGAAUGGCAAAUUUGGGUGAACGCUGAGCGCGUAGGCCGCGGCUUCCAUAACAGACUCGUUGGUCACACCGUCCCAGCUGGCGGUGUUGCAAUCUCUGGACAGCAGCAGAGCCAAAUUGGCGGUGGCUUUUUAGAAGGCAAAGACGCCCCAAGGGGAUCCGGAGGAAUGCUCGGUGAAAUUACACUGCUUAAAUUAUACAGCGUAGCUUUAACAGCUGGUAAAGCGCACAAGGAUCACAAGCAUCACCACGUUCAUAAAUUCGACCAUAACGGUGCUGAAAUUACCACGAUGCCACCUCCGACUCCAGCGCCGAGACCACCUCAACCCACUCAUCCUCUCUUAACCGGAGGCCAACUGAACCCAGGAAUCGCUCUGACCAUUGCCGCUCAACAGCAACCUCAGCUCGUCCAAGGGCAACAGUUCAACGCUCAAUUCUCCAACGGUCAAUUCUCCUCAGGUUUCGUCUCUCAACAGUUGACUCAAUCGCAAUCCCCUCAGACUUUCCAACCACCGCAACCUCAAUCCCAAAUCCAGCAACUCUUCCAAGGACAACAACAGCAGCAGCAGCAACCCCAGUCCGUGCAGUUUAUUCCUAAUGGCCAAAACGACAUCGGUUCUUAUUCUCAACAGAGUCUUUCAAUUGGCGGAAGGCCAUUAUUAAACAGCGGAUUAGUUCAUCCGUCCUUAAGUCAAUUGGAAACGCACAAUUUGUUCAAACGCGAACACGGAAAGUUCAAACGCCAAACUAACAACGCCGACAAACACAAACGCGAAUUAGUUUUAUCCGGAGGACAUAUCGUAGAUGAUAGCAUUUUCGCCGGCGAUUUCGAUCAGAGUUUAUUGGACGGUUUGGCUGGAAUUGGAGAAAACCGUCCAGUUCUUCAGGAGCAAAUGAAAAUGGAAGAGCGCGAACCGGCUGAGGCUGAAGUAAAGGCAGUAAUGAAUGUUUGCUCUGGAUGCGAUGCCGAACCUUUUGCUAAGGCCCUCAUCUUCGACUGGAGAUCAGUAGCCAAGAAGUUAUACUCCGGCGCUGUAUACACCCCAGCCAGGACGGAAUGUAGAGUAUUUUAGAAGAUAAGUUAAACUCAACAUCGUAAAAAAACUGUACAUAGGCAUUUCGAAGUAAUUACCAUUUGUUUUCUUGUACCAAUUAAUUUAAGCGCAUAGUAUUUAUAAAUGUUUAUAG